AUGUCCGUUGACGAUGAACAGCCGGGGUCCGCGGCGGGCGUCAGCGGCAUGUUUGACAAGGACUUCGUGGUGGAGAGCGUGCUGAACUACAUGAGCACCGAGGAGCUCUUCACGUGCGCGGAGGUGAACCGACUGUGGCAGUCGGUUGCCCUGUCGCUGCUGAGGAAGAAGCUUAUCUCCGUCUCCAUAUGCUGUUCACCGGAAUCAGACCCGCCGGGCCCGGAGCCAGUGCAGGACAGGCUGCACGCGUGCGUCGAGGUCAUGUGCUCAAAGUUCGCGCGCUAUCGCAACAUCGCGCGCCUGGCCGGCAUGCGGCCAUCCCUGGUGUUCCUGUCCUACCACGCUGACCUCAAUGAAGACAGGAGGGUGGUCGACUGCGUGCGCGAGCUGCUCCCCUUGAGUUCGGUCAUCGUGUACUUCAAGUUGGAGCUUAUCCGAAUGGCCGACGACUCCGAUGACAGCUCACACGAAGGUGUGUUCGGCGAGUUCCUGUUCCACGCCGACCCAAUCGUACGACCCGAGCCGAGCGACGACGACCAGCAGCAACCACCGCCGCCGCCGGACAGCCUGUCCCCGGGUGAGCACUCUACAAUCAAGGAACUAGUUGGCUGCCGUAGAGCGACCGAUACGAGCCAGUGGGAGGGAUGA